AUGUUUCUUACGAGGUCCGAGUAUGAUCGUGGUGUAAAUACCUUUUCGCCUGAGGGUCGUUUGUUCCAGGUCGAGUACGCACUGGAGGCUAUCAAGCUGGGAUCUACGACGGUCGGUAUCGCAACGCGGGAGGGUGCCGUGCUCGGUGUCGAGAAGCGUGUCCAGUCCUCGCUGCUGGAGAGCAGCUCGAUCGAAAAAAUCAUGGAGAUCGACUCGCACCUUGGUGCAGCUAUGAGUGGUCUGACGGCCGAUGCGCGGACCAUGAUUGACCAUGCGCGGGUCACGAGUCAAAACCACCGAUUCGUGUACGACGAAGAAAUCAAGGUCGAGAGUGUGGCCCAAGCCGUGUGUGAUUUAGCACUGCGUUUCGGCGAAAACACGGAGGAUGACGAUGCCCUCAUGAGUCGUCCCUUUGGUGUGGCGCUCCUCAUUAUCGGCAUAGACGAAAACGGCCCGCAGCUAUUCCACGCAGAUCCGUCCGGCACAUACGUGCGCUACGACGCCAAGGCUAUUGGAAGUGGCUCGGAGGGUGCGCAAGGCGAAUUGCAGGAAAAAUAUGCCAAAGACAUGUCCCUGCACGAUGCAUCCCUACUCACGCUGCGCGUGCUGAAACAGGUGAUGGAGGAGAAGCUCGACGAAAACAAUAUCCAACUGGCGCAGGUCACGCCAGCCACAUCCAAGGACGGACGCCCCACGGGUGUGUUCCAGCUCCUCGACAAGGCGCAGCUCAAGGCGCUCGUGGACGCCAUGUAG